GGUGUCAAUUGCAAUGCAUAAGAUCUGACAUUUAGCCAUCGCGAGAGGUGGCGUAUCUCUGCCGCUAAAUUGGGGUUCAAUCGGUCUUGCGCGUGCGGGGCCACUAUAGGUGCGCACAAGAGCGGCAGAGAUUAGAGACGACGCUGUUGCAUCCGCCCAGUAUCUUCUCCAUAUUCCGGACCACGGCUGAUAUUGCUUACGCUCGGUACAAACGAUCAGCGGCAGCCAACCACGAUUAAAAAGAACUUCUACAACGACUUACCUUUUAUUCACGGCCUGUCCAGAACUCAACGGGGAAUUCGACUGUCCCGACAUAAGGCGAAGCAAGCGGGUAUCGAAGCACAGGAUUAGCCGGGACAAUGGCAGCAGCACAGUAUACCGUUCACACAUCUACGCUUUUCGACCCAAAGAAGAAAGCAUUUGUGACUAAUGUCUCCGUCACUGUUGACCCGACCUCUGGACUCAUCGUCGAUGUCUACGAGAGAAAACCGGACUCUCUUGGUAGCACUGUGCCCGAGGGCGAUGUUGAUCUGAGAGGCAAGGUUGUGAUGCCAGGCUUCGUGGAUGCUCACACCCACAUUAUGCUUCACUCUUACGAUGAACGUCCCGCCCUCAUCCAGAAGCGCGAUGAGAGCAUCCCUGAGCGUGUAAUCCGAGCAACUCAACAUUGCCGAACCGCCUUGCUUGCAGGCUAUACGACCUACAGAGAUCUGAGCUCCGAAUCCAUGGGAGAGAUGGACGCCCAAAUUCGUGAUUGCAUCAACCGCGGACUUAUACCGGGGCCUCGUCUUUUCGUCGCAACACGUGCUCUCGCCAGCACUGGGUCAUACGAACUGCGAAGCGAGAACCACGCCAAUGGCGUCUGCUAUCCUCGAGGUGGUGAAGCAGUCGACGGCGUGGAUGAAAUACGCACUGCUGUGAGGCGCCGCGUUGCCGCUGGCGCCGAUCUCAUAAAGUUCUUUGUAGAUUAUCGACGUCGCAUCAUGCGCUAUCCGCCCGCCCAGCAACACCCCUACAUUCCAGGGUCUCUGCAUCCUCCCAAGGACCCGAACCCCGACUAUCUUGUUUUCGCGCAAGAAGAAGUGGAAGCGAUUGUCAAGGAGGCCGCAAUGGCGAAAAUGCCGGUGGUUUGCCAUGCCGGGACCAUUGAAGGAGCCAUAAUGGCUGUCAAAGCUGGCGUGGCUACUAUCGAACACGCAUACUUCGCCAAUGAAGAGCUCUUCAAACUCAUGGUAGAGAAGGACUGUCUGUUUGUACCGACUCUGGCUAUCUGCGAGCGUAUCCACGCAAAGAGGUUCCACGAAAUCAUGGAGCAGUCUAAGCUGGCUUACAAAUUGGGUGUCAGGUUUGCCGCUGGUGGAGACACGGGCACUUACCCACACGGUCAGUCGGUUCGCGAACUAGAGCUCCUCAUUGAAGCUGGUAUGUCCCUGGAGGAGGCACUUGAGUCGUGUACAGUUGGAGGUUGGGAGUCCUGCGGAAAAGAUCUGUGCGGGAUGCGCUUUGGCUGGUUUGAAAAGGGGGUGAGAGCGGAUAUCAUUGCGCUGAGAACAGAUCCGCGCGAAGAUCCGAAGGCUUUGAGGUGGGUGGACUUUGUGAUGAAGGACGCAAACAUUUUCAAGCGGGAUGGUAAAGCGGUGGGAAUGAUCGCUGAUGACCACGAGUGGGAUCGGUAGUCGAAAAGAUAAGUCGACUCCUGGUGUACAGAAAUAGUAGAACAAUCGUCGUCUCGCCGCUACGCUUUCUGCAAACAAGCUUGUCCCUGCAUUGUUCACGAACAUAUUCAGUGCACAAUUUUGUGUCUGGCAUAACUGUUGGAGAACUUCAACGUUGAGUUGCCGGUCGAUAGGUCUACAGCCUUGCUACAACGGUUCU